ACCAUGGAGAGGCUGUUGCUGUGUGUGAUGCUGGCGGUUGCCAUGGCGGUGCGGGCACAGGUCUGCCCAAAGCGCUGCGUGUGUCAGAUCCUGUCGCCCAACCUGGCAACCCUGUGUGCCAAGAAAGGCCUCCUGUUUGUACCACCCAACGUUGAUAGGCACACAGUGGAACUCCGGCUGGCUGACAACUUUGUCACCAGUGUGAAGAGGAAAGACUUUGCAAACAUGACACGACUGGUCGACCUCACAUUAUCCAGAAACACCAUCUCCUUCAUCACACCUCAUGCCUUUGCUGAUCUGGAAAACCUCAGAGCCCUACACCUCAACAGUAACCGCCUGACGAGGAUCGGCAACGACACGUUCAGCGGGAUGUCGAAGCUGCACCACCUGAUUCUGAACAACAACCAGCUGGUGCUGAUCCACCAGGGAGCGUUCAACGACCUGCUGGCGCUGGAAGAACUGGACCUGAGCUACAAUAAUCUGGACUCUAUUCCUUGGGAAGCCAUCCAGAGAAUGACGAGCCUCCACACGCUGAGUUUAGACCACAACAUGCUGGACUAUAUUCCUGAGGGAACCUUCUCGCUGCUACAGAAACUCAACCGGCUGGACGUAACCUCAAACAAACUGCAGAAGCUUCCACCGGACCCUCUUUUCCAACGAGCACAGGUCCUGGCCACGUCUGGGUUCAUGACGCCCACUUCCUUCGCACUGUCAUUCGGUGGGAACCCUCUCCACUGCAACUGUGAGCUGCUGUGGCUGAGGAGGUUGAACAGGGAGGACGACCUGGAGACGUGCGCCUCACCGCAGCAGCUCGCCGGUCGAUACUUCUGGUCCGUCCCCGAGGAGGAGUUCCUGUGUGAGCCCCCCCUCAUCACCAGAUUCUCCCAUGAGAUGAGGGUGCUCGAAGGGCAGCGAGUCGCACUAAGGUGUAAGGCAAGAGGUGAUCCAGAGCCGGCCAUCCACUGGAUCUCUCCAGAGGGCAAGCUGGUGUCCAACUCCUCCAGAACGUUGGUGUACUCCAACGGGACCUUGGACAUCGUCAUCAGUACUGUGAAAGACACCGGCUCCUUCACCUGCAUCUCCUCUAACCCCGCCGGUGAAGCCCACCAAACGGUCGACCUGGUCAUAAUCAAACUCCCUCAUAUUUCCAACAACACCAACAACAUCCAGGAACCUGACCCAGGAUCUUCAGACAUUUCCACGUCGAGCCGGGGCGGGGCCAACGGGAGCAACGUGACAGGCGACGUGAAGGGCGGGGUGGACAAGAGGGUGGUGACGGCCGAGGCCACGUCGUCGACAGCGCUGAUUAAGUUCAACUUCCAGAGGAAUAUUCCGGGCAUCAGGAUGUUCCAGAUACAGUACAAUGGAAGCCAGGACGACUCGCUGGUGUACAGAAUGAUCCCCCCAUCGAGCAAGAACUUCCUGGUCAACAACCUGGCAGCAGGGACCCAGUACGACCUCUGCGUGCUGGCCAUCUACGAUGACAUCAUCACCUCCCUGACGGCCACACGAGUGGUCGGCUGUGUGCAGUUCAGCACUGAGACGGAGUACAUGAGGUGUCAUUUCAUGCAGUCGCAGUUCCUCGGCGGGACCAUGAUCAUCAUCAUCGGAGGGAUAAUAGUGGCCUCGGUGCUCGUUUUCAUCAUCAUCCUGAUGAUACGGUACAAGGUGUGUAACCCUGGCGAGGGUGGAAAAGGUGUUUCUAUGUCUAUGACCAACGUCCACUCACAGACCAACGGGCAGCAGUCGCAGGGAUGCACUGUGACUCCCAGCGCCUCUAAACACGGCUCAAUCGGAUUAGACGACCUCUCCGGAGGCACAAAGAAACGGAGCGGAGCAGCAGGAGAAGGAGUCGGAGGCAAAGAUACAGUGACUCAGUUGUCUGACUCCUCCCUGCCUGACUGCUCCACGGCCACGUCAGUUCUCAGCCAGCCUUGGGCGGCCAGAAGCCCGACUGCAGGAGUUGAGGAACAGGAGAAAGCAGGUGAAGAUCGAGCUCAGGCCAGCGCCUCGACGCCAACCGGUACCACUGGUUCUCUGCCCAAGCAAAAGCGGAAGCCCGCUCCGAGUAAGCCGGCCUCGGCUUGCUUGAAUACCUCGGCUGUCCCUGAGAAUCUUGCCUCCCCUCGACCUGCCUCCUCCUCCUCCUCCUCCACUGCUUGCUCUGUGUUCCUCCCUCCCUCCAUCGGUCUGGAGAACCUCAACACCAACCGCAACAACUCCACCUCUCUCAACCAAACCCCACCUCCCUUUGUCCCUUUCCCUUUCUCCAGCCCUCUCGCCACGCCGAGCCCCGUCCCUUCAAUAAGAUUCAGAGAGACACCCAUUCUGCGUCGGGCUCCGCGCGCCUCCUCCACCACCACCGCCAAGUACCAGACUCUCCCUGUAGAGGAAGGAGGGAGGAGCAGGGCGAGGAGGAGGAAUUCUCUCAGUGAAGGAGGCUCAAAGACUCACUCUUACCCUAACUCCCAUCAGGGAGGAGGAGCGCCCAAGUUGGGUCGCAUAGUGCGUAACAAAAGGAGCCAAUCAAUGAGCGGGAUGCUGCUCCUUACUGAUGGGGAUGGAGACUCGGACAGAGGGCGGUGUGAUUCAGACUGGAUCUUAGAAAGCACAGUUUGA